CAAUCAGCUGAUGGAGCGUCUCUACCAGUUCCUGGAAGUCAAGAAUCGAGAGUAUUACAUGAAAAGCAUGGAUUGUAUCAAAAUCUGCAGGGAGGAAGCUGUCAAGGCUGGAGAAUCCAAAUUCUUCAACGUGUCACUGAAAACCCUUAAAGCUCAUGUCGAGGCAAAGGGACUACAAGACUUCUGGGAGUUGAUUGUGCAAGACUCUAUUACUCUUAUCACAAAGGAUGAAGCUGCAGACAGCACAGUGACUAAUGAUGAAGCCAAACAGUUCCUAGCAGCAGAGGAGAAACCCAUGGAAACACCAGCAGUGGCUGAAGACGAUGGAGAUGUUGAUGAUCUGCUUGAUAUGAUGUAAGCUGAACCUUCACAAAUGGAGGAAUAGACGGUGACUGUGGGAAGGAGAAGAUGAAAAAGUCAUCUGUUCAUGCUUUGUCGAUAGACUGCUAAAGGAUGCAGGAAUGUUUACAUUGAUCUUUUGUGUGAUGAUUUAAUCAGAUAAACAUUGUUUUUACACUCAUUCUACCACUGUCUGCAAGUACUCAGAUGGUUUUUUACUCAUUAAUCCGAAAUGACAAAUAAAAACUAGUUUUGAAUUA